AUGGAACCUACCCAACUGAUAUAUGAAGAAUGGGAUUCUCUUAGUGGACAGUUCACAGCUGAGGAAGCUGAUUUCAUGACUCAGUUGCUUGAUGGCAAUACCAACUGUUCUUAUUUUCCUUCAAAUGUUGCAAAUGCUAAUUCUAUGUGUUUCUCCCAAGUGAGUAGCACAGACACUGCUAAUAGUGGCAUCUACUUCUCUGAUCAUGCAAUAGACAAUGAUUCCUUGUCCAUGUUUUAUAGUCCACAAUAUUUGGACGAUAAUUUAAGCAAACAGAUGAAUUAUGAAAGCAUUGCUCAUGAAGGGUCAUGUUUAGAGCCAGUGAAAUUGGUUCUUGCUCCUGACAACAAUUUGCAAGCUAAGAGGGAGCAUGAAAUGAUGUUUGUUUCAGAAGAGGAUAGAACCGAAAACAUGGAGAAUCCUGCAAAAAGAUUUAGGAGCUCAAAUGCUUCCAUGGAGCUAAAUGAGGGAACAUGUCAUCAAGUGUCGAAUUUAUGUAGAAAAUCAAGAGCAAGAAAUGGUCCUGCCACUGAUUCUCAGAGCAUAUAUGCUAGAAGGAGAAGAGAAAGAAUAAAUGAAAGGUUGAGAAUCUUGCAAACACUUGUCCCUAAUGGAACCAAAGUGGACAUUAGCACCAUGCUUGAGGAAGCUGUUCAAUAUGUCAAGUUUUUGCAGCUUCAAAUUAAGGUCCUAAGCUCUAAUGACAUGUGGAUGUAUGCUCCAAUAGCUUACAAUGGAAUCAACAUUGGAUUGGACCUCACCUUUUCUUCUCUAACUAAUUAA